AUGGCGGACAAGUCUGCAUACGUUCCAGUGGAAGCGACCGGCGGAGGCGCCAAGAAAGGGAACGACCUGGACAUUGACAUCGACGACAACGAUUACUUUGGCGGAGGCAAGAAGGAAGCGGCCGCUCCACCACCACCCCCACCACCCCCACCACCACCACCACCACCACCAAAGCCGGCCGCCGCACCAGCCAAGAAGAAGAUCGAAUAUAAGAAGGCCUCCAACUACCAGAAGACAUACGCCGGCAGGAAGUAGGAUGGCUCCAUUUUGAAUCCCAAUAAACUUGCACUACUUGAUUUCGGAUUGUUUUUGUUUUUUUUAAAUUUUUAAAAAUUUUUGAUUUUUUGAAGUUUGAUUUUUUGUGUUUUCGGUCGAUUUUUAGAUGUUUUUUGAUAUUUUCAGAUUUUUAUUUAUCAGUUAUGUUAUUUUCAGGCUUAUUUUUUCUAUUUUUCGUUGAUUUUUAAAUCUUACAGAUCUGUUUUUCAGUGAUUUUGGGCUUCUUCCUUUGAUCUCUGUUGAUUUUAAAGUAAUUUCUUCUGUUUUAGUCGAUUUUUUCUUGAUUUUGAAACAGAUUUGUAAAAUUCUAGCUGAUCUGGACUAGCUUUACAUUACUGUAGGCUUUUACCUUUGUUUCAAGUUCAUUCCGAUUUAUUUUAUAUAAGUUUUGACCUAUUUUAACUGAUCUGACAGUUCCUUGUUUUAUAUUAAUGUAACUUGUCGUAUCUUGUUUACUUUACGUUCAUUUGAGGCUUAAUAGAUUAUUCUUGCUCAUUUUUAGCAUUUUUAAUAUAUUUUUUAUAUGUUAAUAAGGUUUCUUUCGUUUUUACCGCACUAUGCGAUGUUGUAGUAGAUGUAGAUGUUUUGACCUUGAUUCUUAUUAAUAAAGCUUAUUUUAUUAUGUUUUAAUGAAAAUAUUUUUAAAAAUAUAAUCUAGAGUUUCUUCUGAACAAUAUAAAUGUUAUUUUAAGGUCAAAAAGUUUUGGGAACAUUUUGAAAAUUCAAAUUUGCGAAAACCGCUUCGAGGAAGGAAAAGCAACACUUGUCCAAAUUCCGCUCCGUUUUUUGCGUCAAGUGUUCGCAUUUAAAAAUGUUACUCGAAAAACGGCUCAACCAAGAUCGCAAAUUACAAUGUGAACACGUUUCAGACCGGCUUCAUCCGUCUAUGAUAGUAUAUUUGUUGUUAUGUGCGUUUAAUCCGUCGGUUUCCCUCGUCCUGCCUCACUGCCUGUUUUUGCCUUCAGGCAAUUUGUGGUUUCAGCUGUUUUGGAGCGAUUUUUCGGAGAAGUGAUUGUUGUUGGUAAGAACGUUAUGUAGUCUAAAUGUUUUUUGAUGUUCCUGACGUUUUUUGUAAACUACAGAUUUCUGGCCAUCAGAAGCGAAAAAAGACUGAUUUCUGGCGUUGAAAGCUUGCUUCUGGGCCAGAAGUUUAAAGUUUAGCUAGCUUUUCUCAAUCUUAUCGUCGAUGUAAAAAUUGAUAUCAGUAUACAAGUUAAUUUUUUAGCUUAA